AUGCUGAACACCGCUCUAGACGUGGACACGGUCCGAACUAGACUUAAGACAACGCCCCCGAUGAAGUCUGUGCGCUUCCACGGCCCCGGCGACAUUCGCGUGGAGGAAAUAGAUGAGCCAGUAUGCGGCAAAGGCCAGGUCAAGGUGCGACCAGCCUUCGUUGGGAUCUGCGGCAGCGACAUCCAUGAAUACACCGGGGGCCCGGUAUUAAUACCCCAGAAACCGCACCCCAUCACGGGGACCACCUACCCGGUGACAAUGGGCCACGAAAUCAGCGGCGUGGUCGAAGAGGUCGGAGCAGGCGUCACGCAUGUGCGGCCGGGCCAACGGGUCGUCGUUCGGCCGACAAUCUUCGACCGGGACUGCAGUUCCUGCAAGCAGGGGUUCGAGUGGUGCUGCGAGAAUGUCGGCUUCAUCGGGCUUUCCGGGUACGGCGGUGGGCUCGCGAAGUAUAUCACCGCGCCAGGGGAGCAUUUCUACCCAAUCCCGGACAACGUCUCGCUCGAGACGGCGGCGCUCGUCGAGCCGAUGGCGGUAGCGUGGCACGCCGUGAACCUGUCGCCGUUCAAGCCCGGCGACCACACGCUUGUCGUCGGGGGCGGCCCUGUCGGCAUCGGUGUCAUCCAGAUCCUGAAGAUGCAGGGCGCGAAGACGAUUGUUGUCGCCGAGCCGAUGGAGAAGCGCCGGCAAUUCGCCCUGGAGUACGGCGCAACGCAUGCGAUCAACCCCCUGGAGGAGGAUCUGGUUGCGACGGUGAAGAAGAUCACGGACGAUGUUGGGGUGGGGGUUACGUUUGACUCUGCGGGGGUGGAGAAGGCGCUCGAGGGAGCCAUCCAGGCUACGCGGACACAUGGCACGAUUGUCAACAUCGCGGUGUGGGAGAAGCGGCCGAAGGUGGGUAUCAACCAGCUGAUGUAUAAUGAGAUCAAGUAUACGGGGUCUGCGUUGUACGAUGAGAGUGCCUUUACCAAGGUGAUUGAGGCGAUCAGCUAUGGCCAGUUAUCGCCAGGGAAGAUGAUCACGGAUAAGAUCAAGCUCGAUGAUGUGGUCGAGAAGGGGUUCAAGACUUUGCUGAACGACCGGGAUGAGCAUUGCAAGAUCCUCGUCGAUGUCCAGGCAUAG